GUGGUACGCGCUAGAGCUGACUGUGAAGAUGGCGGACGAGGAGGCCGAACAGGAUCGUAGUCCAAAGAACGGUAUCAAUGGAACGUUAUGGGAACUCAGACAACGGUUGCAAGGGCUUCAGGAAGUCGUAGUUACAGAACGAGGCCAGUCUCCUAUCCAGUCAUCUUCUGAGUAUUGCCAAGAGUUUUGUCGGAUGCUGCUGGAGUACGCAGGUCGUUGGAAGAUAGAAGAAGAUCCUCUACCACUGGUGGAAGUGUACAUCGUCGCUUUAUUGAGUUAUGCCCAGGCCUCUCCGUACCUCUCCCUGCAGUGUGAAAGUGUUCCUCUUGUGGUUGAGAGGCUGUCACUGAGUUUUGUGGAACUAUUGUUGUCUUUGAAGGAGAGCAUCCCAGAUGGUGUAUGGAAAAAAUUCAAGUCAUCUGUGAAGUUUGCUCACAGUAAGCUGCAGGAGAAUGGACUCGCCCAGCUGUCCCUGCUUUGUGCUUUGGGCCAGUAUGAUGGUGUUUGGACAAAUGGUGUCCUGCAAAGCCUUCUGUCCAACGGAAAUCUACCAGCAAAACAAGUUGAGGAGUUCCUGGUACAGGAGGGUCAGGUCCUGUUGGAGAUGAGAGUGAAGCAGCUGAUGAAGGAGAAGCAGUUGGGAGAGGCUGCACGGCUAGCAAAGACGUGCUCUGAAUGUUCUGUUUUCCAAGGGAAGGGGCCUUUCAAGCAGAUGUACCUUGUCUGCCUCUGUUCCAGCCCUGAACAGGAUCAGCUCAUGGAAGAGCUUUCAAAGGAGGACUGUCGUGAUGCCUUGGAAAUGAUCUGCAACUUGGAGUCAGACGGAGAUGAGCUGGCUGCCUUCAGUUUAUGCUCCGCCUUCCUCAACCGACAGGUUCUUCAAGGAGAUAUAUACUGUGCUUGGGAGCUCACUCUGUUUUGGAGCAAGCUGCUGAAGCGAUUGGAGCCAUCAGAGCAGGCUUUCCUUGACAAAUGCCGCCAGAUAUCCCUACUUUCUAAAACUGUGUACCACAUCUUGUUCCUCAUCAAGGUCAUCCAAUCAGAGAUUGACAGCAUUGGACUCCCAGUAUGCAUUGACAUGUGCAUAAGGGCUCUUCAAAUGGAAUCAGAUGAUGGAAACACCAAGGCCACAGUGUGUAAAACAAUUUCCUGUUUGCUUCCUACUGACCUAGAAGUCAAGCGAGCCUGUCAGCUGACGGAGUUUCUCCUGGAGCCCACAGUGGAUUCAUAUUACGCUGUUGAGACUCUUUACAAUGAACCAGAUCAAAAACUAGAGGAGGAAAAUAUGCCCAUUCCCAACUCACUGCGCUGCGAACUCCUACUGGUUUUCAAAACCCAGUGGCCUUUUGACCCAGAGUUCUGGGACUGGAAAGCACUGAAGCGUCAUUGUCUUGCAUUAAUGGGUGAAGAAGCUUCAAUUGUGUCAUCAAUUGACCUGCUGAAUGAUGCAGAGAGCCCAGAAGAAGAUUUUUUCAGCCAGGAGUUGUCUAAGAAUAUGCCAGACCAUUUAGUUAAUGGCACUUAUGAACUAAAAGAUGUCAAAGACAAGAGAGAGAAGAACAGAGAAAUGAAGAAAAUGAGGGAGAAGGGUUUCAUUUCAGCUAGGUUCAGAAACUGGCAGGCAUAUAUGCAGUAUUGUGUGCUUUGUGACAAAGAGUUUCUUGGCCACAGGAUUGUACGCCAUGCACAGACUCAUCUGAGCAGUGGAGUUUACAGCUGCCCUAUAUGUGCUCAAACCUUUUCCUCAAAAGAUGUAUUGAUUCCCCAUGUAACAUCACAUGUUAAACAGUCAAGCAAGGAAAGGCUCACUGCACUAAAAACAAACAAGAAGUCUUCUAAUCUUAAAAUGGCCUCUCCUGUUUUUGCAGAUUUAAAGGCCAAGACAGAAAAUGCAAUAUAUGAUAAAGGUGCAUCCCUUGGACAAAAUGGGGGGUUUGUUGAUAAAGUUCAGGCCAGAGUGGACAGAUUUAGCACAGAGAGAAGUGAAGAAAAUGUAUGCCCCAUUGGAAAAUGCAGAAGGAAUUUUAAAUUUUUCAAAAAUCUCAUUGCACAUGUAAAAGCCCAUGGGGACAACGAGGAAGCAAAGACUUUCCUUGAAUUGCAAAGGAAAAAGGUUAUUUGCCAGUACUGCCGUCGCCACUUUGUUAAUGUCACACAUCUUAACGAUCAUUUACAGGUCCACUGUGGUGUGAAGCCUUAUAUCUGUAUACAGUUGAACUGCAAGGCAAGUUUCUUGUCUAACACUGAGCUCCUUAUCCACAGGAAAACACAUUCUGUUUUCAAGGCUAGAUGCAUGUUUCCCAAUUGUGGAAAGAUUUUCAAUGAGGCCUUCAGACUGUAUGACCAUGAGGCACAGCAUUAUAAUACUUUCACUUGUAAAGUUGUGGACUGUGCGAUGGUAUUCCAUUCACAGAAGCAGCUGGAUUUGCACCAAGAUGAGCAUGACACUGAGGAGGACCUUACAGCCGCUGAACAGACUUCACAAAAUAUGCAUACUGCUCCUUCACUCAUUGAACAAAUGCUUUCAAAUCACACUUCACAAUUACAAGAUAAUUCCCAAGGGAACUGGAACACUGAAAAUGCAGUUAAUCCAGAUCAUGGAACGCUGCCAGUGUCAUUUGAAAGAUUGCCUAAAUCUUCACAAGCACCUGUAGAAACCCUAGAAGAGCACAGAGGGGUUUCCGAAAGACCGUGUGAUUUUUCAACCAGUCAGACACUGAGUCUACACCAUUCUGUGACUGAGCCUUUGAAUUCCCACAUUGAUCCUAUUGGACACAGAGAAGGUUCAGGUGGUCAUUAUUUUGAUUAUAUGAUACCAACUCAGCAGAAUCAACCCAUACAUGUAUUUGAACAUAAUUUGGGUAAUGUGCCACUUAGCUGUAAUACACAUGAUUUACAGGACCAACCACAAAUGUUCCCUGGUUAUGUAAAUAAUGAAUUGGUCAGUUGCAACUCUGACUGCAGCUUACCAUUGCCAGGACAGCAACAUCAAAUGUGCAGCAGCAGUCUGUUAUCAGGAUCACUGCCCCAACCACUUGCUGAGGAAAGACCAGUGAACUCUGUUUCAUCCUCAACUACCACAGGUCCUGCUCCAGUAGAGAGGGAACGAUUUCAAUGUGCAUUUGAAAUGUGUACAAGGCACUACAGCUCACACAGAAGUGUUACCAAGCACAUGAAAACGGUUCACCCUGAUUUCUAUGAGCAAUGGAAAGUCGCUCGAACUAAAAUCAAGUUAACCCAACCUUCAGCACCAAACACAUCUGUUAGACAUCUGGGUUCUGUCACCUCACUUCACAGUCAGCACACUAACCAAGCACUAGUUCAUGGAGCUCAGAGGCAGAAUGUUAUCCAAUCACCUCCAUAUACUGACCUUGGCACAAAGUAUACUACUCCCUAUUCCCGUUCUUCAGCUGUCCCCAACCAGAAUGCUUCACUCCUGAUGGAAAAUGUGUUAAAUCCUAUUGUUCUAUCUCAAUUAGGAAGGGAUACAAGUCCAAUAACAAUGCCGUCCAAAGUUUUAGGUAGUCAAAACUGGCACUCAGUCCUGGGAAGUAAACAAAUUCAAAGUAGUGGCUCUUCCCAGGUUUAUCUAUCUAAUUUGCAGUUAAAUUCUAGCAGUGGGGCUCUGCCAACUUCCUCAAUGAUGGGAUCAACCAUUAACUUGCAGUCACAACUUGGGAAAAAUGGGUCCCAGUCUGUUUUCCCCUUAUGCUUAGAUGCUGCAAAUGGAGUGUCAUUAAAAGUGGAAGACAGUCUUCCAGCAUAUACAUCAAAGAUGCAAAGCAGUUUGUUCUCAGGUUCCAAGGCACACUGUGCAAGCCAGAAAAGCAUUAACAACCAACCUCAAAACGGUAUGGUCAUCACUGAAAGUCAAAAACGAGCCAGAAGAAACAAAAGAACCAAAUGGCCUGCCAUUAUGAAGGAUGGCAAAUUUGUUUGUUGCAGGUGUUUUAGACAAUUUAAUAGUCCCAAAUCCCUUGGAGGCCACUUGUCAAAGCGUACAAUCUGCAAACCGUAUGAAAAAGGGCAACUGAACACAGAUAUGCCCACAUCAUUUCUUGACCUCCUUAAUUCAGAGCAAACAGUUGGCACCGCUCCGCCACAGUUUUCUUAUAAUCCGGCUGCUCUGUAUCAAGAAAAGCCUCAUCAGCCAGUUACAUUUGCCACAAAAGAUUACCCUUCAACAAGCUAUCAACAAGAUAAUUUGACGGCAUGUAGGAAUGGUAAGUCAAAUGAUGACAUUCUCAAACAAAUCAUGACUGAAUCAAAAAUGGCUGAUCUUUUUGUUCACACAUCUACUCCUCAGCCAUUGUUUCAAAACCCUUGUGUUAGCUUUGGAGCCAAUGAGCAAUUGCCAGACAAAUCAGUCAUACUGCAUACAGAAAAUGUCCAGCUAGAGAGAGAGGAGAAGCAGGAGGUCAACUUGUAUAGUACAGCUCAUUAUCCUCAGCCAACCAUUGAUACAUUUGGUGGAAGGGAAUUUUCUGACCCACUUCUUUCUCCAAUUCUCACAGAAAAAUGUGCUGAUUCUGGCAGUGUUUCCAAAAACUACUUAACUGCUGGUCCAACCCAUAGUGAAGUCUAUUACUCUGGGACAACCAUUCCGUCUCUAGUUACAGAUGCAAACCCAAAAAUGCAGACAGAGUUACCUGAUAGUCAGCUUAGUGGCAAGCAGGGUGAAACACAAAGGAUGACAACAGAGAAAAAUAUUAAAAAGAGAUUACGGGAGCAGAUUCUGGCCGGUGACUUUCAACGUAGAAACAGCUCAUGUCUUUCAGACAACACUGAUCCCAAUGCCGAUACAAAGAAUCUCAUGUCUUUUGGUCAAAUGUGUAGCCCUCUCAGUGACUACGUGCUUGAUCAGAUUCCUUCUAAUGCAAAGAGUGAUAAAAUACUUGUAAUUCAAGAAAAGUCUGUAAUCAUCCCAGAACCCUCUGGCAAAGUACAACAACUAAACAUGCACAGCUUUACUCAUUUCAGAGAGACCUCCACACUGCCACAGGAGGUUUUGAGCCCCACAGGAAUUGCUGAAAAUGAUACAAAUCAGGAACCCAAGAAGUUAUCUGCCAGCCAGCAACUGUGGAUGACAGAAAUUCAAAGUGCAUUUGAAAGGCUGAAUUUGGUCAAAGACAUAACUGAUCAGACUUCAUCUCCCAUGAAGCAAAAUACCAAUACUGUCACCAGCCAGACGGGACUUGCAAUUAUUCCUUGGCAUAGCUUGACAUCGUCCCCAAAUGUUAAACCGUUUACGUGUGAGAAUGAAACCUGCAUAUUCAGUUCAAUGUCAAGUGAAUCGCUAUGGAAACACCUUUCCAAAAUUCACAACUACACGCUUGAGAUGGUGAAUUUGGUGAAAAAAAGAUAUGGCCUAUAUGCUCCCUUCAAAUGCCAAAGGUGCAGUAAAACAUUCACUCGUAACUCAAACCUUCGCUCUCACUAUCAUUCAGCUCACAACCUAUCAGCUAAAGAAAUUGCAGAUCUAGAUAUGAAGCGCAGGAAUGACAAAGCAUUUGCAUCUGCUGCUAUUCAAGAGUGGCCUGUUAGUACCAACCAGGCCUCUUUGGCUCAAACCAAAGUGGUUACUACUAAUGCAGCAUUGGUGAACAGGGCAUGUUUGACACAUAUUAACAUGGACAUAACUAAACAGAAACUUCAAAAUGACAUCCGUUCCACAGUCAUUCAUCCCUUACAAACAGCCCCUAUGCCCAACCAAUCGCCAACUCCACAAUUACAGGCGCAGACCUUCACAGGACCUCAGCCUUUAAACAAACUAUCUAUCAACAGGCAGCCAAUAGUAAAGACAAUCGCAGAUAUUACCAAGAAGUCCAAAGAGAACAAGUCAAACUCAAAUGAUGUAAUGAGUUCAUACAGACCAUAUCGCUGCGUUCAUCAACACUGUCUGGCAGCCUUCACUAUCCAGCAUAAUCUCAUCCUCCAUUACAGAGCUGUUCAUCAGUCUGCUUUGUCAGCAUUGGAGGUGAACAAGGAGCAGGAUCCAGGAGAAGGACUUCAUGAAAUAAUGGAACAUGAUGAGGAGGCUCUAGAGGCAGAGAUUGUCAAAAUUUGUGAAUUCAGAUGCCAAGUCAAAGACUGCUCUAGAGUUUUCCAAGAGGUUCCCAACCUUUUGCAGCACUACCUUCAGCUGCAUGAAUUCAGUCUUGAUAAGGUUGGUAAUCUAUUUUCUAGCUUCAAGCUUCGCAAGUUUACUUGUGGUAACCAAGGAUGCACAGCAUCCUUCACUUCUUUCUGGAGGUAUGUUGGGCAUGUCAAAGAAAAGCACAAAGAUGUCAAGUUAGCCAAAGCUGAACAAGUAAAUGGCUUGUUCAAGUGUGAAUUUGAAGGCUGUGACCGUUCAUAUGCAACAAAGUCAAAUCUUCUCAGACAUGUCAUGAAAAAGCACCAGGACUUGUACCAGCCUAAACUAAAAAAUCAACUGAUUAAAGAGGAUGGAAUGAAACAGAACUCAAAAACAUUGCAUCACCAAAUUACGAAAACAAGUAAUGGAAAGGAAAAUAUUGAGGGCAAUAAAAAGAUCCUACGGAAGGGAAGAGACAUAAGAAGAGUUGGCAAGUCAAAAGCCAAUCACUGGACAAAGUAUGGAAAACCCUCCUUGAAAUCUAAAUUGGAGGCAUCUGCAAUAUGCACUAAGAAAUUCCCUCUACAAUAUCCUUGUAUGAUUAAAGGUUGUGAGUCAGUCAUGAAAUCAGAGCGGGGUAUAUUGAAACAUUACAUGGGGCAUGGGCUCUCAGAGAAGUACCUGGAACAACAAAGGAGUCACUUUAUAUUCUGCAAAAAGGUUCCCCGGCAGAAAUACCGGUCCAUCAGGAGUGACGACUCAAAAUCUGACAACACAUCUGAUAUGUCAGACAAUGAGCUGAUAGCAGAUGCCGGACAAAAGGGAGGAGAAUAUGGAUAUUCAAAGCCUGUCCUACGCAAAAGGACCACUGCAGAAAUCCCUACUGUAUUGUUAGGGAGCAAAUUAUUUAAUGAGGAAAGUUCUGAUGGUUCCGUGGUGAUGAAACGCAAACGAGGGCGUCCACGAAAACUAAUCGAAGAAAUAGUGAAGCGCAAGAAAAUACCACGUACAACAAAGAUCAACAUAGUUUACAGCGAGGGCGAUGAAUCAGACUCAUCUUGCCCUGCAGUACUGCAAGAGGAAAUUGCUGAACAGACUGCUCCACUGGCCACCUUUAAACCUAUGGGAUUUGAAAUGUCGUUCUUAAAAUUUCUGGAGCAGUCAAAUAAAUCUCAACAUGGCCUCAGGAGGAAGGCUGACGUUCUACAAGCAUGGAGACAAACAGCUGGAAUUAAUACCAGUGACAUCUGUGUCAGGUUCAGUAACCAUCAGAAUUUGAAAUCACUUAAUAAGGUUAAAAUUAUUGUAGAUGCUGCAUUUUCAAGUGUCUCAGACCUUCUGUUGAAACAGCUACAGACCAUGCAGACCACAGUGGUAUUAAAAAAAAUGGUCUAACUUUUGUUUCAAAAAAGCAGAAUCUCAGGAAUUGAUUGAGUACAAUCUGCUGCAAAUUGGAGCCCUACACAUGAUAAGUUAUUUUACAUGUCCAGAAAAAACCCGUUGUUCAACAUGACACAGUUAUAUCUGGACAAUUAGUCUUUUUUUAUAUAAAAAUGUGUACAGUAUGUUUUAUUUAUAGAUUGUUUUUUUUGUGAUAAUGAAAAGCCGAUAUCAGCUUUAGGUCUCCUAAUUAUCCCUGUGGGACUCCAGACUUGAUUGUGUUGUUGUGCAUACUUUGUGAUUUCAAAAAUGUUAUGUGUAUAUAUCUUGAAACAUCCCACUGCCACAGUCUUAUUAUUAAACUGGACUUUUUUUUAA